AUGAAUAAGACCCUGCUUAUCGUGUUUAUUCACGGCUUCAAGGGAGGGGAGGAUACAUUCGGAGACUUUCCUAGGCAUUUUCGCACCCUGGUCAGCCGUGCCCUUCCGGCCGUACGAGUGACAAGCGCGGUCUACCCAAAGUACGAAACUCGGGGCGACCUGAAGGAGUGUGUGAGCACUUUUCGGGAAUGGCUGCAAAACACGGUCAUCGACUUGGAAGUCGCCAACCAUACAGCUUCUCCCACCGUGGAUCCUUCAGUCCAUGUAUUCUUAGUCGGUCACUCCAUGGGUGGGAUUGUGGCAGCCGAAACACUUCUCGUACUGGCUUCCGAGCAGCCUCUGCCACCUAAACCCGCUGCCAACAUCGCAACCAAGCCGAGUGCACCUGACUCUUGUACCGAUCCGCACGCUGCCGUCAACCCCGGCGCAUUUAUGUUUCCACAUAUUCAAGGGGUUUUUGCAUUCGAUACGCCAUUUUUAGGCAUUGCACCCGGGGUAGUAUCGUAUGGAGCUGAAGGACAGUUUCGGAAUGCCACCGCCGCAUAUACCGCGUUGUCUGAGGUGGCGGGCCUGUUCGGAAUUGGAGGAAGUAAUAAUUCUUCAGAGGAAACUAGAACGGCCGAUCGCUCAGGAGAACCUCAAAAAACCCUACCGACUUCUCCGACUAACGACGCCGCGGCCACGCCCUCCUGGCAACGGUGGGGUCGGUACGCGAUGUUUGCUGGAGCAGGCGCUCUGGCAGCCGGCGGGGCAGCGGCAGUUUAUUCGCAGCGUCAGAGACUAACCGACGGCUGGGGCUGGGUGUCAUCCCACCUGGUGUUUGUCGGCUGCCUAGCACGUUCCUCGGAAUUGCGACAGCGCCUUGCCUCGCUCGUGGAUGUCCAAAAAGACCGCGGAAUAUCCUGCGUUAAUUUCUAUACGUGCUUGGGCGAAAACGCGAGCUCACUGGUAGAGAACACAAGCCGUAGCAAUACGUCGUUCAGCCAAAAGAUUAUACGCUCCAAGGAUCGCACUUUCUGUUCGCUUCCGGCGGGAGGCCAAGGCCCGGGGCUUCCGGAUCUAGGUCUCCGAUGGGUCAGAGCCGUGAAUGAUAAAGCUGCAGAUGAAAUUAAAGCCCAUACCAGCAUGUUCUUGCAGACAGAGAAUCCGGGCUACGCUUUACUCCUUCGUGAGGCAAGCAGAGCACUGGUGGAGUCAGUCGACCAGGGAUGGUACGCCACGGCCACCGGAUCGGUUGAGGAGGUUGAUGGGGACAUGCCGCAUCAUAAGAGGGAUGCUCUCCACGACCCCUCCGAUGAUGGCUUCAUGGAUGGUGACGACGUGGUGGUCGUGGAAUAG